UUCUUCACCCCACUGUCAGUUAGAGGAGGAGUUAAUUGCCAGGAUACUCAGCUACUGGUAGUUUUGAUUCUUUCUCUCUGCUCCUCACCAGGGCUUGGAGGCACAGGUCAAUUCACCGCCAACUUCUCAUUCACUGCUAUCUGUCAGGCCUUGGCUGUGACCCAUUGCAACAGUCAUGGCACCAAAGAAGAACAAGACCGCCAAAAAGAACAAGGCAGACAUCAAUGAGAUGUCGCUGAUAGUGGAUGAUGGUCCAGUGAACAAAAUGAACGGCCUCAACACUCUGUUAGAGGGAGGGAAUGGCUUCAGCUGCAUCUCCACUGAGGUGAACGACCCCGUCUACGGCCCAAACCUCCUGGAGGGUCUCAACACCAUGAGGCAGGACAGCUUCCUGUGCGACCUGACCGUGGCCACCAAGACGAAAUCCUUCAGCGUGCACAAGGUGGUGAUGGCGUCCUGCAGUGAGUACAUUCGCGGGGUCCUGAAGAAGGACUCCUCCGUGCAGCAGCUGGACCUGAACGACCUGUCCCCCGCGGGCCUGGCCACCGCCAUCACGUACGCGUACUCGGGCAAGCUCACCCUGUCCCUGUCCACCAUCGGCAGCACCAUCGCGGUGGCCAUCUUCCUGCAGAUCCAGAGCCUGGUGCGCAUCUGCAGCGACUUCCUGACGCAGGAGAUCAGCGUGGAGAACUGCAUGUACGUAGCCAACAUCGCCGACACCUACGCGCUCAAGGGCACCAAGGAGGCGGCGCAGAAGUUCAUGCGGGAGAACUUCAUCGAGUUCUCCGAGAUGGAGCAGUUCCUGAAGCUCACCUACGAGCAGAUCACCGACUUCCUCAUGGACGACUCCCUGCACCUGCCCUCGGAGAUCACCGCCUUCCAGAUCGCCAUCAAGUGGCUGGACUUCGACGAGAAGAGGCUGAAGUACGCCGCCGACCUGCUGAACAACAUCCGUUUCGGCACCAUCACCGCGCAGGACCUGGUGAACCACGUGCAGAGCGUGCCGCGAAUGAUGAACGACAACGAGUGCCACCGGCUCCUGGUGGACGCCAUGAACUACCACCUGCUGCCCUACCAGCAGAACAUCCUGCAGUCCAGGAGGACCAAGCUCCGCGGCGGCCAACGCGUCCUGCUGACGGUGGGGGGGCGUCCCGCCCUGACGGAGAAGUCCCUCAGCAAAGACAUCCUCUACAGGGACCCCGACGGCAUCUGGAACAAGCUGACCGAGAUGCCGGCUAAGAGCUUUAACCAGUGCGUGGCCGUCCUGGACGGCUUCCUGUACGUCGCUGGCGGUGAAGACCAGAACGAUGCCAGGAACCAGGCGAAGCACGCUGUCAGCAACUUCUGCAGAUAUGAUCCCAGAUUCAACAACUGGAUCCAUUUGGCCACCAUGAUCCAGAAGCGCACUCACUUCAGCCUCAACUCCUUCAACGGCCUGCUGUUCGCCGUCGGCGGCAGAAACUCCGAGGGGCCCCAGUCCUCCGUCGAGUGCUACGUGCCGUCCUCCAACCAGUGGCAGAUGAAGACCGCCAUGGAGGUGGCCAGGUGCUGCCACGCCAGCACGGUCAUCGACGGCAAAAUCCUCGUCACCGGCGGCUACAUCAACAACGCCUACUCGCGCUCUGUGUGCACGUACGACCCGUCCACCGACAGCUGGCAGGACAAGAACAGCCUCAGCACCCCGCGGGGGUGGCACGGAGCCACCACCGUAGCCGACCGCGCCUAUGUCCUCGGGGGCAGCCAACUGGGCGGCCGCGGGGAGAGGGUGGAUGUCAUGGCGGUGGAGUGCUACAACCCUCACAACGGGCAGUGGAGCUACACCGCCCCCUUGCACACGGGCGUCAGCACGGCGGGCGUGGGCACCCUCGACAGCAAGAUCUACCUCCUCGGAGGCUGGAACGAGAUCGAGAAGAAGUACAAGAAAUGCGUCCAGAUUUUCAACCCUGACCUCAACGAAUGGACCGAGGAGGAGGAGCUGCCGGAGGCCACGGUGGGAAUCUCGUGCUGCGUGGUGACCAUACCCACCCGCAGGUCCCGAGAGUCCAGGGCCAGCUCGGUAUCAUCUGCACCAGUCAGUAUAUAAACAUCACGUCAGCAGGACAAUGUAGUUUACUGCCAGCCAAUGGAGAGCAAGACAGGAAAGAAACCCCCCCGCCCACCCGUAAAGUUAAGGCUUUUGUUAUCCACGGAAAUGUAAAUGUGACAAUAUAUUCCUCUAUGACAUGCUGUGUUUAGAAUAAUAAAUAAUUCAGGGAAAUAAUAUUAGCAUAUUACAGAAAUAGCAUAUUUCUGAAGUCUCAUCUGAAAAAUUAAAUACCAGAUAUUUAUGAACAAAAAAUUCACUAUACUUCAUAAAUAAAUCACAGAAUCUGUUUUCAACAAUGCAGCCAUUUUAGAAAUUUUGCCACUUUUUUCUGAAUAUACUGGAUGUUGUAUUAAAACCAAGCUAUGCUGGGUGAAUCUGUGAUGAAAUAUUCAGAAAAUUCUGGAAAUAUUUUACUAAAGGGGAACACUGACAAGCAGAGACAUUUGUACAGAUUACGUUUUUUGUUGUACUGUAUAGUGUAGUGAUUGUGCAUUGUACUUGUGACACCUGGAAAACAACAAUGUAUUUAAAACUUUUUUUAAAGGACAGAUUUGGCUAAGAAAAAUAUUUGAUACAAACAACUUCAUUUUUUCCCUUUGGGUCCAAUAACCAGAUACAAGUUUAACCAGAUAUUAAUGGCAUAACAGUCCUACUUUUCCAGAGUAAAUAAUUAGAUUAUAUAGAUUAAAUCAAUAUUUGUAUUUGCAUGGGUUUGUAUAAAAAACAUAAUUUCCAAUAAAGUGAAAGCAUUCUCUUGUUGGUGAAUGUAGAUGAUACACGUGAUUGCUUUUCAUGGGUAAAAUGAUGAAAAAUUAGUAAAAGUAAACUAUUCAUAAUUUAGAAAAUAAAAGUUAUUGGCAAUGUUAUUUCAGUGGGAGCUGCCUGCCAGGAGUAGGCAUGAAGGGGGCGGUGGGUCCAUUUUAAGUUAUUUCAUUCAUAAAUACAGGUAUACUGCUGGCUGCUCAGAGACAGGGGAACAGGCGCCCGUCAUUGCAAAAGCACGCCCUCAUUUACUAACUGAAGGAUCCACGUUGAGCGAACCAUGAGUGUGUUGAGAAGGUUGACUGGGGACAAUAAAGGAACAUAGAGGAGUUUGAAAGCCUUUUGUAAAAAAAAAAAAAAAAAAUUGUAGUUAUAAAUGAAACGCGUUUCACGCCUGAGCUGCCUCAAGGAUGAACACUGCUUUAAGUGUAGUGCUUCAGGAAUUCCCCGGGAGUUCAUGUUUUAAAUGUUCAUAGGUUGAAAUGAAAUUAUGUGAAAACGUUUUUAUGCUGUAAUGCUGGUGUAGGGCACGUGAGAGGUAAAUAAGAUACCUGCCUGGAUGGUGGAUGGUUUGCUGUUGGUUCCCCAUUGAUGGCACUGUGUUCCACCGUUUGUGAAUGUGUGUAACAAAAAUUAUUGAUUUUAUCCCAGCAUCUGAGCCAUUUCAAAGCUCUAUGUCUUCAUUAAAGUUUCCUAUGAAAAUCA